UUAGGCCCAUUUCUGUUAUCUUGAACUUCCAUAACCCCAGAAAAAAGUUGUUCGGUUGUUCCCUCUAUUUACGUACUUUCUUGAACCGAUGGAGUCUAAAUUUUACAUUUACAUGGUUGACCAAAAAACCUGCAGAAAACAGAAAAUACAGAGGUUCUAAAUCUUUUUUGUGCUAUUGCAAGUUGAUUUCUGGAUUUCUACCAAUUUUGAUCGUGACCCUUUAUUUCUCAAGUGUUGUUUGUGGACAUAAUAGUACAUUUCAAACUAUAUUAGAAUUGGUCUGCAUAUAAGCACACAACUAAUUCUGGGCCCGGAGCUUAUUCGUUGCUCAUUCUGAAUCUUGAAGUUGCCAAGUUGGAAGCCAUUGGUUUGUGGAAACCAUGGCUUCACUUGUGAGUAAUUUGUGGGCACCUUCUUCAUUUGCUUUAACAGAGUUCAAGCCUCAAUCCAGAGCUCAAAUUAGAUGUUCAGCAGCUCAGGAGUCCUCUAUCUUGUCGACUGAUACUGUUAGACUUAAUGGAGUUUCUUCAGCUAAGGAGCAGGAGAGAACUAUUCCGAUGAUGGAUAGGGGGAAUGGUCAUUUACCUGCUGGUGGAGGUACUAGAGAGAAGAAGAAGAAGGGAGAGGAAGAAGUUAUGCAAGAAAAGCUGGAACCGUUGUGGGAUGAUGGGUAUGGAACUCGAAGUGUGAAGGAUUACAUGGACUCAGCAAAAGAUGUUAUUAAGCCUGAUGGUGGACCUCUAAGGUGGUUUUCACCCAUAGAAUGUGGUCCUCCAUUGAAGAAUUCACCUGUUCUUCUCUUUUUACCCGGGAUGGAUGGCGUUGGAUUGGGGCUCAUGUUGCAUCACAAAGCUCUAGGAAGGGUUUUUGAGGUAUGGUGCCUUCACAUUCCUGUGAAAGAUCGAACGCCAUUUGAAGAGAUGGUAAACUUUGUUGAGGAAACUGUGAGGAAUCAGCAUGCUUCGUCUCCAAAUAAGCCAAUAUAUCUUGUGGGAGAUUCAUUUGGAGGAUGCUUAGCACUUGCAGUUGCUGCACGUAAUCCGGUGAUUGAUCUUGUACUAGUAUUAGCUAAUCCAGCAACGUCAUUUAACAGGUCACAGCUGCAACCUUUGCUACCUUUCUUGGAGGCUAUACCUAUUGAACAUCAUUUUACAGUCCCUUACCUUUUAAGCUUUGUCAUGGGUGAACCAGUGAAGAUGGCAAUGGUUACUGUUGAUGCUACUCUUCCUCCACGAAUAGCUGUCGAACAUUUGGCUGGCAAUCUUACAGCUUUGUUACCACAUCUUUCAGUAUUGGCUGAUAUUAUACCAAAGGACACUCUCCUCUGGAAGCUCAAGCUUCUUAGAUCGGCUGCCAGUUAUGCUAAUUCCCGUCUUCAUGCUGUUACAGCUGAAGUACUAGUGCUUGCAAGUGGCAAGGAUAAUAUGCUUCCUAGUGGUGAUGAAGCACAACGGCUUGAAAGGUCAUUAAGAAACUGCAAAGUAAAAUACUUCAAGGACAAUGGCCAUGCCAUUUUACUGGAAGAUGGGGUCAAUUUGUUGACUAUGAUCAAAGGUACUUUCAAAUAUCGUCAGUCAAGAAAGCAUGAUGUUGUCAUGGACUUUUUACCUCCUAGUGAUUCAGAGUUCAAGCAAGCACUUGAGAGUAAUAAAAUUUACCGGUAUCUUAUUGGCUCAGUAAUGUUUUCCACAUUGGAGGAUGGCAAGAUAGUGAGAGGCUUGUCAGGGGUUCCAAGUGAAGGUCCAGUCAUACUAGUUGGUUAUCACAUGCUGUUAGGUUUGGAACUUGUUUCUCUUGUUGAAGAAUUCCUGAGGCAAAGGAAAAUUCUGGUCCGUGGUAUAGCACAUCCAACGCUAUUCUCACAGUUGGUGGAGACUGACUCGAAAGAGUUUACAUUCUAUGAUACGUUAAAAAUUUAUGGUGCAACACCCGUCAGUGCAACCAACCUUUUCAAAUUGUUCAAAACAAAAUCACAUGUUCUU